AACAGCACAAGUGGAGCUCUUAGCCUUAAAAGUGUCUUCUUCUCCAUUUUUUUUCUGUCAAAAAACAAAAAGAACUUUCAAAAGUUGUGUUUGUGAGUAAAAAUGUUUAUUGAGAACUUUAAGGUUGAGAGCCCCAAUGUUAAGUACACAGAGAGUGAGAUUCACUCUGUGUAUGAUUAUCAAACAACUGAGUUGGUUCAUGAGGAAAAAAAUGGGACAUUUCAAUGGACUGUUAAGCCAAAAACUGUCAAAUAUGAAUUCAAAACUGAUGUUCAUGUUCCAAAAUUAGGAGUUAUGCUUGUUGGAUGGGGUGGAAACAAUGGUUCAGCCUUGACUGGAGGUGUUAUUGCUAACAGAGAAGGAAUUUCAUGGGCUACCAAGGAUAAGGUGCAGCAAGCCAAUUACUUUGGUUCUCUUACACAGGCCUCUACUAUUCGAGUUGGGUCUUUCAAUGGAGAGGAGAUCUAUGCUCCCUUUAAGAGCAUACUUCCCAUGGUCAAUCCAGAUGAUGUAGUUUUUGGAGGAUGGGACAUCAGCAACAUGAAUUUGGCAGAUGCCAUGGCAAGAGCUAAAGUUUUUGACAUUGAUCUUCAAAUGCAACUGAGGCCCUACAUGGAAUCCAUGGUCCCACUGCCUGGUAUCUAUGACCCUGAUUUCAUUGCUGCAAACCAAGGCUCACGUGCUAACAAUGUCAUCAAAGGAACCAAGAAAGAACAAAUUGAUCAAAUUAUUAAAGAUAUUAGGGAGUUUAAGGAGAACAACAAAGUGGACAAGGUGGUGGUCCUGUGGACUGCCAACACUGAAAGAUACAGCAGCGUGGCUGUUGGCCUUAAUGAUACCAUGGAAAACCUCUUUGCUUCUGUGGAUAGAAAUGAGGCUGAAAUAUCUCCUUCCACCUUGUAUGCUAUUGCUUGUAUUCUUGAAAAUGUACCCUUCAUCAAUGGAAGCCCACAAAAUACUUUUGUCCCAGGCCUCAUUGAUUUGGCCAUCAAGAGGAACACUUUGAUUGGUGGUGAUGACUUUAAGAGUGGUCAAACCAAGAUGAAGUCAGUGCUGGUUGAUUUCCUUGUUGGAGCUGGUAUUAAGCCAACAUCAAUCGUGAGCUACAACCAUUUGGGUAACAAUGAUGGAAUGAAUCUGUCUGCCCCUCAAACUUUCCGUUCAAAGGAGAUCUCGAAAAGCAACGUUGUCGAUGACAUGGUUUCUAGUAAUGCCAUCCUUUAUGAGCCUGGAGAGCAUCCUGACCAUGUUGUUGUGAUUAAGUAUGUACCAUAUGUGGGAGAUAGCAAGAGGGCAAUGGAUGAGUACACAUCAGAGAUUUUCAUGGGUGGAAGGAACACCAUUGUAUUGCACAAUACCUGUGAGGAUUCUCUUUUGGCUGCUCCAAUUAUCUUGGAUUUAGUCCUCCUGGCUGAACUCAGUACCCGCAUUCAGCUCAAAGCUGAAGGAGAGGGUAAGUUCCACUCCUUCCAUCCCGUGGCGACCAUCCUCAGUUAUCUUACCAAGGCUCCUCUGGUACCACCAGGUACACCAGUGGUGAAUGCCCUUUCAAAGCAGAGGGCAAUGCUCGAGAACAUAUUGAGGGCUUGUGUUGGACUGGCACCAGAGAACAACAUGAUCUUGGAAUACAAAUGAAAAACUCAUAAGAUGUGAAAGGACUCAAGAAGUUGUGUAGCAGAAGAACCAUGUUGUCUUUCUUUACUUUUAUUUUUGUAAUCUUUUUCUUAUCAUUAGUACUACUAUAAUUAGCUAAAUCUCAGCCAACCCUUAGAGGUAUAGCUGUUGUUUGAUGAUGUGCUAAGUUGAAUGUCAUUGUGAUUUCUCUGUUGUCUUUUUGUAUUAGCCCUUCAUUUUCAAGAUGUAUUAUCAGUGUUGUCUUAGCUCUUUAGAGCCAGCAACGCUUUUCUCUACAGGAAAUACAACAUAUAGUCUUGCUCUA